AUGCAACCUUCAACCUUGUUCAGUUUUUUCUCUAUGCCAUUCCUGCAAUACCAAGCUCUCCAGCUAUGAAGAUGAUAAGGGCCACAUUUUUCCUUCUUCUUCUUCCUCUCCUAAUGACCCACCUGGGUUCUAGCCGCUCCGUUACAGAGAACUUGAGCUUCAAAUCUGAUGGUGUUGAUAAUACAAGCCGAUCAGCAAUGGUUGAAUUGGAUUUGAAGGCGUCAACGGUGACUUGUGAGCCAACUUAUGGCUUCUUACCAUGCACAACAGAGCUAUGGGGGCAACUCUUCCUCAUAGUGGUGUAUCAGGUCUUGCUUUCACUUGCACAGCAGUAUGUCUCGGUUGGCUCUGACCACUUCUUCCAGAUUGUUGGACCUGGUGUCUUUGGAGCUGGAUUAUUCCACGUCCUUGGCGCAAUCCCAGAAAUAAUGGUGGUGCUCAUGUCUGGACUUUCAGGAAGCAGUGAAACUGCUGCAGUACAGGCAACAAUGGGAAUGAGCAGUAACGCAGGAUCUGCCGUCAUGAAUCUUACACUUAUAUGGGGUGCUUGUGUUGCUUUUGGCAGCUAUGAUCUUUCAGAGGACUCGGCCGUAUCACAUGUGGAAGACAAGAGACCAAUAAGUCUAACUGGUUUUGGUGUUACUACUGAUGUUGAAACUAGCUAUACAGCAAGAAUCAUGAUCAUAUCCAUGAUCCCAUUUGUCAUUCUUCAACUAGCUACUAUUCUCCAUUCAUCUUCUGCGACACAUGUGAUAGUUCUAGUUUCUUUCAUAGUAACGCUCGCAUUAUUCUUUGCUUACUCCUUCUAUCAGGUAAUACAAAUUUGAUCUUAAGUUUCAUUUAUAAGAUGUCUGCGUGAAACAGAGA